GCAAUAAAUAUUUUCAUCACAGAAUUAAAAAAAAAAAAUUCAUUUGACUUCUCUUAUAUACACAAGACUGAAAAAUUGUAAGGCAACAAUAAAAAAAAUUAAGGAGUAGACUUACAAAAAAAAUAUUAAUUUGAUUUGAUUACGUCGCGAUAACGAGAGUCAUUAAUCAAAGAAUCUAUAAGAAGAAGAUCAAGGAGAAACUCAAUGCUGUGAUAUAAUUAAAUUGAGAGAGGCUCGAAUAAUGAACAUGCAUGAGGAAGUUGUUAAUCAAGUUGUAAGAAGAAACAAUAAGCCAAUUUUAGGACUUUUGGGUGUCAAGAGAUCAACAAAGGUUGAGCCACAACAGAAUUUUCAUAACAAUAAUAAUAAUGAGGCGAGUUCAAUGGAAUCAAUUACAACAAAAGAUGUAUCACGACAAAAUUUGUCGAUUCAGAAGCCAGUUGGACGUCAUAUAGAUGUGAGAAGUAGAAAUAACUCCGUGCCAGACUUGAGUACGUUAAAUGAUCUAGAACUAGUGAAUAGUUUGAAUAUUAAUGAGAAUGAGGCGGGAGGCAUUAAUAGAUAUAGUUUUUGUUGCACGACAGACAUGACAAAUGGAAUGGUAAAUUCAGAUUCUGGAAUAGAAAACGCUACAAGUAAUGAUGAAGAAUCAUCCACGCCAAUUCCAUCUUCCUCACGUCCUUUGGCUGUUAGAAGCUCACCAGCUUACUAUAAUCUUCCAAAAUAUGACGUCUAUCCAUCACCAAUUUUACUAUCUUGUCGAUCGAGAUUUCGUGAAAAAUUUCUACCACCGUCACUAGAACAAUAUAGCUCAUUAAAGGACUGUAACUCUUCUCCAGAUAUUCCAACUCAAAAUAAAUCUCCUCCUGUUAAAAAAGACGACCGAAAAUCAGGAUCAUUUGAUACAAUAACGAUAGAUCAUCAUAGACUAGAAGAAUGUUGCUCUGAUCCGGAUCGUAUUAGUGCUGAUUCUCUUGCCCGUCAGACGCUCAUGGCUGCUCAAGUCCUUCAUUUAAUUCCCACCGAAAAAGCGCGCCAAAGAAAUUUUCUUCAAGGUCGUUCAGCAUCAAUUUCUUUGCUUGGUGCUGCUGAAUUAGAAAAAGCUUGUCCAAAUCGAGAAGCAACUAUAUUUCUUGGAAGUUGGAACAUGAAUGGACAGAAUCCACCAAAACAAAUGAAUGACUUUAUAUUACCGACAAAAAUGGAACAUGUUCCAGAUUUAGUUGUUAUUGGAACACAAGAAGCAUGUUCAGAUAAGUUUGAAUGGGAAGUAACUCUUCAAGAGACCCUUGGUCCAUCACACGUUCUCUUUCAUUCAGCUAGCUUAGGAACUUUACAUUUGGCAGUAUUCAUGAGACGUGAUUUAAUUUGGUAUUGCUCAGAACCUGAAGAUGCUUCACUUUCCGUUCGACCCGGUUCACAUUUUAAAACAAAAGGUGCUGUUGCCAUAUCAUUUUGUUUAUUCGGAACGACAAUGCUUUUUGUUACUAGUCAUUUAACAGCUCAUCAACAAAAAGUUAAGGAGAGAGUUCAAGAUAUUAAGAGAAUUAUUAAUUCGUUAGACUUACCAAGAAACUUAAACGUUAGGCAUCGCGCGAAGGAUGUUACUCAAAAUUUUGAUUCUGUUUACUGGUGUGGUGAUCUUAAUUUUCGUCUUAGUGAGCCACGAGAUAAUUUGAUGAAGUGGCUUAAAGAGACACAAUUUCCUUUGCCUAGUCAUCUCCCUCAUGGAUAUCUCCAUACUGAUCAACUUACAUCAGUGCUUGCAGACGGAGCUGCUUUUAGAGGCUUUAAGGAAGCAAAGAUUCACUUUCCACCAACCUACAAAUACGAUGUAGGAACCCAGCAAUUUGAUACAUCAUCCAAGCAACGAGCACCAGCUUACACUGAUAGAAUAUUGUACAAAUAUAAGUUACCACCGCUUGGUUUACGACGACCGAGUGCUAUGACAUCCAGCUCACGUCCAACUUCACCACAUUCACCCAUUAAAUGCAUUGCUUAUGAUUCUGUUCAAUCAAUUGUUUCGUCCGAUCAUAAACCUGUGUGGGCUUUAUUUAAGAAUGCAUUGCGACCGGGUGUUGAUUCAAUUCCUUUAGCAGCAUUAUUCAACCGUGAAGUUUAUAUUGAAGGAAUAAAGCACCGAUUGGAUAACAACAACCAAGAAGCAACAUCCGCUUGUGUUAUUCAGUAAAAAAAAGUUUAUUUAUCAAGCAAAAAAUCUAGUCAUUUUAUGAUUACCGGUACUACAUUCCUAUUGAAUAGAAAAAGAAUUAUUUUAAAAAAAAGUAAGAAUUAAAAACCUUUAAAAGAUUAAUAUAUUUCUAGAAAAAAAAUCAUAAAUGACAAUAUUCCGUUCUAGUCUAGCUAUUAGCUUAUUUAUUCAAGAGAAGCCUUCUCGUGCCUCAUUCACCUUUUUGCCUGAGACAAAAAAAAAAUGUGAAACGUUAAAAACGUUUAAAAAAUUAAAAUUUAUUUAAUGAUGCAUAUCGAAAAGCUAGUCAAUUUAUUGGAUAAUAAGGAAGUGGUGUUUCUGGAUUUGUAUUUUAUAGAAUAUUUUUGAUAAUCUUGGACUAAGUUAAACUUGAAUAAAUUGUCGCUUCCUUGCAAAAUUUCCUAGAUGCGGUGAGGAUCUUACGAUUCCUUGUCAUAUGAACAACACUUUUCUAAUAAGAAUCGAACCAGAAUCCCCUCAAAAAAGGAAGCUAGUAAUUUCCAGUUUGAAAAGAGGAUUUCCUCUAGCAUUGGCAGAUUCGUCUAAAUAUUGGUCGAUCCCCCAGAUUCCAUUAUCAUACACUUCUAUGUUUAUUUGUUGAUUUCUUGAGCAGAUACACAUUCAAACUCAAUCCAAUCAUUUCAAUCUAUUCUACCCAAUUUCCAAAUUGUUUGAUCUAAAGAAUAUUUAGCAUUCUGCAUCUUCUAUAUUCCAAAGAUUUCAAAUCCAGAAACAUUUAUGUUUAAAAAUUAUAAUUAGAAAUUG